UCAACUAAAUCGUCCUAUUCGAUCACGUGCACUAUCGCCGCCAGCCGAGCAAGCAUUUCUCUUUCAAAUGCACGCCCCGAACGGAAGGAGGAAGCACGUCCGCUCGCUUCGCCUUUUCCCCUUUCUACUCUCCGCUCUUGAACACAUUUCCCCUCCUUUCGGCAUCAAAAAACGACCAACCGCAACCAUGGAGUUCAUGUCCAAUCUCGGAGGAGGGUCGCAGGCAGACCGGCCUUCACUGUUUGAGCUGAUCGCCCAGGACAAGAUGCGAGAGAUGCUCGAACCGGCCCUGCGCUAUGUUAUCGCUGUGUACGCACAACGGUAUCCCCGAUAUCUCAUUUGGAUCGUGAACCGAUACGAAGAGUUUUAUGCGAUCCUUAUGUUCUUUAUCGAACGGCACUAUCUCCGCGAAUAUGGCGCCUCGUUUGCAGAAAACUUUUACGGAUUAAAGCGAGUUAGGGCGCCUCGGGUAGUGAAGCAAUCUAAAGUUAAUAUCGAUGACGAUUCAGUAGCAACUACAGCAGCGGCAGCAGCGGCAGCAGCGGCAACAUCCUCAAUGCCAGGAUCCAACAAGUUACGGGAACGGGAUAUUCGAAAAUCGCUUCUUUUCCUGAUUGGAUUGCCAUAUGUGAAGUGCAAAUUAGACGAGUACUACGAAAAAAUUUCUGGAGGCGAGGCUGCUCGACUCUUUGGCGAUGAGUUUGCACAGGAAGAAGAAGACUUGACGGGGCAACCGUUUACGGUCAGGUCCAAGGCGAUGGCGAUCAAGAUUUUCAAGAAGGGGUACCCAUAUGUGAAUGCCCUUUACCAGCUCUCAAUCCUCGCACAUUACAUUGGUUAUCUUUACAACAAAACUCCCUUCUACUCACCAUGGCUUCGUCUGAUCGGGAUCGAAGUCAAACGCAUGAGCGCUACGGAUUAUCGCGAGAUCCAACAAAAAGCCAAGCACGCGCCCAGACCUCAAGCCAAUUCAUUGAUAGAAUCGAUCCAGAACAACGUCCUUGGACUCCUAUCCGGUUCCCUCGAUUUCCUCAAAGUCCUACUCCCAAUGUCGAUCUUCUUUUUCAAGUUCCUGGAAUGGUGGUACCAGUCUGAUUACUACCGCAAGGCCUCGACGGCCGGUGAUACCGCGGAAGUGCCACCACCUGAGCGAGUCAAGCCCCAUCCUGAAGGCCUGCCUCUCCCAAGAGCCGCAAACAUCUGCCCCAUCUGCCUAAAGACGAUCACGAAUCCGACGGCGCUGUCUUCAGGAUAUGUGUACUGCUACCCAUGUGCGUACAAGCAAGUGGAAGACCAUGGCAGAUGUCCUGUCACCCUAAUGCGAUGUGGAACGGAUGAUCUCCGAAAAUUGUAUAACGACGCUGGCAUGUAGAGUUGUGCUAAAGACCGUGGCGCCCAAGAAUGACGAUUAAUAAUAAUAUACAUAAAAAAAAAGCCC